AUGUCCGGUGCAGAUAAUCCUGGCUUUGUGGCGUCGGAUGAUGUCGGACUGCCAGCCACGGACCAGACAUUGAACGACACAAAACCACCACAGGCAGCAUUGGACAAGCUCGAAAAACCACCAGCAGUUGAGCGGGAAAAAUGGGACAAGGGUGUGGAGUUCCUGAUGUCCUGCAUUGCGCUCUCGGUAGGGCUGGGCAAUGUGUGGAAGUUCCCGUCGACCGCGUUCCGUAACGGUGGUGGGGCGUUCGUUAUCCCGUACCUGAUUGUGCUGCUCGUUGUUGGACGACCCAUCUACUACCUGGAGAUGGUGAUGGGUCAGUUUUCGAGCCGUGGCAGCGUCAAGGUUUACGAUGUGUCACCCAUCAUGCGAGGUAUCGGUAUCGCACAGAUGGUUUCGAUUUGCGUGGUGAUCGUGUACUACGCGGCAACGAUCGCAACCGCAAUCCGUUUCUUCGUCGCCUCCUUCGAAAGCCCGUUGCCGUGGGCAAGUUGUAAUGUCGGUUGGGCCGGCAUCAACUGUGUCAACUCCUCCAACACUGGCCCAACGCCGGCAUUCAACAACUCGCUGCCGAUAAAAACAUCCGCCGAGCUGUACUACACACAUUCAGUCACCGGUGAAGGACUGCUCGUCGAGGGUGAGUUCGGUGUGCCCGACUGGAAGCUAACGCUCUGUCUACUGUUCAUCUGGGUCGCGAUGACGAUCAUGAUGGUGAAGGGCAUCCGGGGUUCGGGCAAGGUUGCCUACUUUCUGGCCCUCUUCCCGUACGUCGUGCUCAUCUCGUUCGCUAUUUAUGCCUUCACGCUUGACGGUGCCGGCGAGGGUUUAAAGUACUUCAUCACGCCCGACUGGGAUCAGCUGUUGAAUGCGGACGUCUGGAAGGAAGCGGUCUCGCAGUGCUUCUUUUCGCUGUCGAUCUGCUUCGGCGGUGUGAUUGCAUUUUCCUCAUACAACAACUUCAGCAACAACAUUUACCGGGAUGCGAUGAUCAUUUCGUGGUUAGAUACGUUCACGUCCCUGCUGUCCGGUGCGCUGGUGUUUUCAAUUAUUGGACAUUUGGGACAUUUGACAAACGAAACGGACUACACCAAGGUGGUGAAACCGGGCAGUGGAUUGACGUUUAUUACCUAUCCGGAUGCGUUGGCAAAGUUUGAGCACGUUCCCAACCUGUUCGCUCUACUAUUCUUCUUCAUGCUGCUAACACUCGGUGUUGGAAGCUGUACGGGGCUUAUCAACAGCGUUAUGACCGCUCUGCAAGACAGCUCACCCCGGUUAAAGUCCUGGAAAACGGUCGUCGUAAUCGGAGUGCUAGGGUUUGGGCUAGGGCUUCUCUUCGUCACACCGUCCGGAUCGAAGAUGCUGGACUACUUUGACUACUAUGGCGUGCAGUUUGUGACGCUCACAUCUGCCAUCUUCGAACUGUUUGCAUUCUGCUGGCUGUAUGGAAUUCGCAACCUCUCCCGAGAUAUUCAGUUCAUGCUGAACCGACGGACCGGAUUCCUGUGGCGAUUUUGCUGGAAGCUACUGACGCCAGUAAUGCUUAUCGUGGUACUAGUUAUUGGACUGGUAAAAAGCCAACGUCCGCAGGGUAUUGACGAUGUAUAUCAUGUGCUUGGCUGGUGUAUCUACGUUGGAGCACUGGUACCCAUACCUGUGUGGGCCUGGUUUGCCAUCCGCAAACGCAACGAAUCCACCCUCAAGAAACGCAUCGUUGCCGCCAGUAAACCGCUCUCCGAUUGGGGUCCAGAAAGUUUGGAAGUUCGCAAAAAAUAUCUAGAGUUCUGUAGCAACUACCAACCACUAGACUCACGCUGGACCAGGUUACGGCGAGUACUGCACAAAAAUGACAAAACCUAUCGCGUGUCUGUUUAAGGCGAUUAGAGCAGGUCUACACUU